AGUGCAUAUAUGAGGAGCAUUCAAUUUGAUAUAAAAAAGAUAAAUUAAGAACAUUCAUAUGCCAAGAUAGACUUUCUCCUCAUUCUUUUUGAUCUGUUGCAUCCCCCAAACACUCCCUUUUUUUUAGAUUCUUUGCACAUUCCUUUUUAAAAAAGUCGUGUAACCGUAUCACUCUUGGUGUAACUCGAUCUUGUUAAUGACAUUUUUCCCUUUUGUAAUAACAUAAUCAAGUAUGUCGAACACUAUUGUAGUCGUUUGGUUUCACGCACGGUUUGGUAUAAGACAAAGGCAUCUAAAAAAAUGAUACGAUAGAUUAGACCUUCCUUAAACAGCAUUGAGGACAAGAGAGUGAAGAUCUCUACUACUAGAUCUGAUUGGAUUGUCCCAAUGUGACUUGUAGAAAAAAAGGGACUUGUUUAUGUAUGAACUUUUUUUUUCUCUCUCUUUUUUUUCUUUAUUGUUUCUUAAAACAUGGGUCGUCACUGUCAACUUGUUAUGGGCCCUGCCGGUAGUGGCAAAUCCACUUAUUGUGCAACCAUGAUGACACACUGCCAAACGGCAGGACGCAAAGUCCAUCUUGUCAAUCUAGAUCCUGCUGCCGAGAACUUUGAAUACGAACCCACAAUUGAUAUUCGAGAACUCAUCACUUUGGAGGAUGUCAUGGAAGAACUUGAUUAUGGACCUAAUGGUGGUCUUAUCUAUUGUUUAGAGUUUUUGAUGAACAAUAUUGAUUGGCUUGAAGAGGAAAUCGGUACUUAUGACGAUGAUUAUCUUAUCUUUGAUUGUCCCGGUCAAAUUGAACUUUACACUCAUUUCCCUAUCAUGAGACGUCUUUGUGAGACCUUGGGUCGUUUAAAUAUGAGUGUAUGUGGUGUCUAUUGUCUUGAAUCUCAAUUUAUUGAAGACAAGAGUAAAUACUUUUCGGGCGUGUUAAGUGCCAUGAGUGCCAUGGUGAAUUUGGAAAUUCCCCAUAUUAAUGUGAUGACCAAGAUGGAUUUGAUUGAAGGCGAUUAUGGUAACAGACGCCCUGAAGAAGAAGAAGAGGAUGAGGAAGACGAUGAAGAAACAGCAGCUGAAAAGAAGCGACGUCGACAAAAGAGAAGAAGAAGAAUGAUGGAAAAGGCUAUGUUAGACAGAGAAAUGGAUCGAUAUUUAGAGCCAGACCCAUUAUUAAUGUCAGAAGAAGCUGAGGUUGUAUUGAAUGGUGAAGAACCCAGCCCAGGAAGUAAACGAUUUCAGGCUUUAAAUCAGGCUAUUGUGCAACUUAUUGAUGACUAUAGCAUGGUUCGAUUUAUACCACUUAAUAUUACAGAUGAAGAUUCUGUUGAAUAUGUGUUAUCACAUGUGGAUAAUUCGAUGCAAUAUGGCGAAGACUUGGAACCUAAGGAACCCGAUGAUUCCAAAGAUUUUGAAUAAUGGUUUUUGUACACUGAGAAAGCACAUAUUUACACAAGAAAUAAAUAAAUAUAAA